CGUACACAGUGAUGGCCAACAGUAGUUUACAUGCAAAUCUGGUUUAAAACUGUCCCGGGGAAUCUUGAGUAUCGCGCGUAGAAUAUCCUCUCGCGCUUGUGUCAGCGGUCACUCUCUGCUACCUAAAAUAAUAUUUUUCUGCGUUAGUAAAGGAGAUAAUUGAACUAGAUAGAGGUGGAUAUGACCAGUUUUAUAUUGUACAAGCGGCAGAAAUGAUAAGAGUGGCAGCAGUCAAUACGGGACAAGAUGAGAAAAGGGGUUUCCUCGGUCUCGGAGGUCUAUGUCGACAUUAGCGUGGGUCGGUCCGAGAAUAGCUCGACCAUACGGACCGACAGCCCUUCGCCCUACGUUGUCAGGGCCGUUAAAGUGAAACUCUCCGAGUCGACUCACGGUCCCAAGUACGCUAACGUUACACCCUCCGGACUCUCAACAACGGGGACAAGGCAGACAUUUAAGCUCGGACGAGUUCAGGCAAAGAGAAGGCUGGAGCUGGAAGCCGCAGAUCCCCAGGACCUUCAGGAUGGUGGCUGGACCGCCCAAGCCAAAAAGCCGAUGGCCUCUCUGUCCCACACAGGAGAAAAGGCUCCCGCCCCCAAUCCCAUAGCACGCAAGUCCCUGUUUGAGAAGUCGCGCUGCGACACCUCCCUCGGCUUCUUGACGCAGAGGUUUGCGGAGAUGCUGCGCCGCUCCGCUGACGGGGUGUUGGACCUCAACCUAGUCGCCCAGGAGCUCAAUGCGCCUAAGAGACGCGUCUACGACGUCACCAAUGUCCUGGAAGGGAUCCAACUCAUCAAAAAGAAGUCUAAAAACUUCGUGGAGUGGUUGGGCGGUCAAAUGAACGUGGACCUAGAUCAAGAGCUGAAGACUCUCGUUGAGGAGGAGAGGAGGCUGGACGAGUUGAUCCACAGCUGUACGCGGCAGGUUCACCAGCUGUGUGAGAACCGGAGCAGUCAGAAAUUUGCCUAUUUGACUUACGAGGAUGUCCAAAGGAUUCCCAGCAUGAGAGAACAGACUGUGAUCGUGAUCAAAGCCCCUGCAGAGACAAAACUGGAGGUGCCACACCCAGAAGAGAGCCUUCAGGUCCACCUCAGCAGCACACAGGGACCCAUUGAGGUGUUCCUCUGCUCUGAUGACCCCAUCCCUAUGGAAGCCACAGACAGCUCUGUGGCCAACGGUGCCAAUAGCAGCCACUUGGACUCGCCCGCAAAUGGGAACAGCUCCACCCCCCUUGUGCCUUACUCGUGCUUCGUCCAGGUGUCUUCCAAAGACAAUGAUAACCGUACUCUCGGAAUCGGUAGUACCUCCAACCCGCUGUACCAGCCGACACAACACUCCUCACCAGUUACUGUCACCCCCGUCUCCCCCAUGCACACCUCCCUCCAACCCCCCUCUGAAGAUCAGCAGAGCUUUGUCGGCCUCACUCCACCUCUAGGUUUCUCUCUUGGUGGGGAUGAGUACCUCAUGAGCCUGGCUGAGGAUGAGGGCAUCACUGAUCUCUUCUCUUCUUAUGACCUGGAACAUUUGCCCCUGGAUAUGCCCCUUCUCUAAGCAGCUGUUUUGGAAAUUCAAUAAUUUUGGAGGCAAUUGCCAUUUUCUCACAAACUGGAUACCAAGGGGAUACAAUAAAAGAACAAAGGGCUGAGUUGUAUGUAAGUUUUCUAUAUUUACAUUUGCCUAUCCUGGACAGACGGGACUGGGAUUUACUGACGCUCAGGUAUGUGGAGGAGUGAGAUCUUGUUAUGGCUUCCUUAUUGUCUUUAGGACUUGGACUGACAUGCAUGCUGUUAUUCAAAAUACUUUGUUUCAGAGCUUUAAUCUGUUGCAUGGUUGGGUGUCCUUAAGUGUCCUUCUCAAAGGUCUGAGCAUUUCUGUCUGAACACAGGACUCAUUCUUGACCAUUGGCCGUGUCAGUGGGAAUAUGCCAUUUUGUAUUGUGAUCACAUAGCCUUCACAACAAAGCCUGAUGAUUGAGACACCCAUUUAGUGUCAAGAAGUGUUGAUUAAAAGCAUACAAAAAAUGCAAAGAA